AGACGUAUUCUGUGAUUUUUCUGUGCUGCGAGAAACAAGAAGACCAUAGAUAAGAGUUUAUGCUGAAAAAGAACACGUCAACAUUAAUGAAUAAUAAAACAAGUAAUCAAUUGUUAGUUUUCAGAAUAGUUUCAAAAUGGAUUUUAUAAAAAAUAUCCCCACACAUUUGGACUACGAAGGGCAAGCAAGAGCGGAAAAGUUGUCCAGGAUUAUAAUUACGCUAUUCGGUGCUGUUGGUUUAAUUUGGGGUUACAUUAUCCAACAGUUUUCUCAGACGGUAUAUAUUUUGGGGGCAGGAUUCUUAUUGGCGGCGCUGUUGACGUUGCCUCCUUGGCCGAUGUAUCGGAGGAAACCGUUGAAUUGGCAACCAGCGAGAGUUGGAGAAGGAAAUGCUAGUACAACAAAAGAAGCCUCAAAGAAAAGCAAAAAGAAAAAUUGAUUUUUGGUCAUUGUCAUGUGUUAAUUUUUGAGUUUUUUUUUUUAAAUAAAGGUUAGUUGUGUGAACAAUUUUAUUUGUUCU